AUGGAGAAUAAAAAUACAACAGUGAUUGAAGAUUUUGUGCUCACAGGACUUGCAUACCAAAAGGAGUGGAGAAUCCCAUUGUUUCUGGUAUUCUUAGCAAUAUACAUAAUCACCAUUGUGGGGAACCUUGGUCUUAUUGUUCUCAUCUGGAAUGACUCUCAACUUCACAUCCCCAUGUACUUAUUUCUUGGAAGUUUAGCUUUCGUGGAUGCAUCAAUAUCAUCCACAGUAACCCCCAAGAUGUUAAUAAACUUUUUCUCUAAGAAUAAGUUGAUCUCUUAUUCUGAAUGCAUGAUACAAUUCUUUUCCUUUGCUAUAGGGGUAACCACAGAAUGUUUUCUCUUGGCAACUAUGGCAUAUGAUCGCUAUGUAGCUAUAUGUAACCCGCUACUUUAUCCAGUGAUUAUGACCAAUAGACUUUGUGUAUGGCUGAUAGUCUCAUCAUUUGUAGGUGGAAUUAUUCAUGCUUUUAUUCACACAGGAUUUUUGUUAAGAUUAACCUUCUGUAAUGACAAUAUAGUACAUCACUUUUACUGUGAUAUUGAGCCAUUGUUUAAGAUUUCUUGUACUGAUCCAUCAAUUAAUAUUCUGAUAGUUUUUAUUUUUUCUGGUUCAAUUCAGGUAUUCACUAUUAUGAUUGUUCUUGUUUCUUAUACACUUGUUCUAUUCACAAUCUUAAAAAAGAAGUCUUUAGAAGGCAUAAAAAAAGCUUUUUCCACAUGUGGAGCCCAUCUCUUAUCUGUGUCUUUAUACUAUGGUCCUCUUCUUUACAUGUAUGUACGCCCUCGGUCUGCACAGUCAGAAGAUCAGGAUAUGAUGGACUCUAUGUUUUAUACUAUCAUUAUUCCUUUGCUAAAUCCAAUUAUUUACAGUCUGAGAAAUAAGAAAGUCAUAGAUUCACUGAAAAAACUGUUAAAGAAAACUAUUUAG